GCCAGGUCUCAGGUCUUUGACACCAUGCCUCAACCACUUACGGUAGUACCACAACGCGGACUCCGGGCCAGCUGCACUUGCAGUGGGACAGACCCCCCCCUCCCCCGAAGACAACCCCAGACAACCACGCAGACGUAUUGAAGAGGCUCGGGAGAGCGCUGGACUGGGAGUCUUUGGGGCUGCACGACUGUCACCCUGAGCAAGCUGUUUCCCCUCCCUGUAUCUCGGCCUCCUGCUUCUUGGGGGGUGUGGGGUGAGGGCUUUUGCACUGUCGUCGCAGGGGGAAGUCGCCACACACCCUCUUAAGGGGAUGUUUUUAAGGAGCUAAUGGAGAUCGCGGCGCAGCUGGGUACAAAUGCAUAUCCCCGCGACUCCUUGGGCUGGGAACCUGGAAACCACGUUUUUAACUGUAGUUUGGGUAACAGUGAUUAUUUCUCAGUAGAUUCUGGGAGGAGGUGUCGACAAGCCAUACUUGCGCGACAAUGCUAUGAAUAUUUUAGAAGGAAACACCGAGACCCAGAGACAUCUGGGCAUUUGGACAAAGCCGUGCGAGUGGCCAGCAGAAUUAGAAUUCGAACCCAGUUCUCAGGCGUUCGGUUUUGGUGCCGGCUCCAAAUUCUACGGGAGCAAGGUCGAGAGCCGGUCUCCGGUCGGGUCGCCGGCUGCCCCCUGCUGGGCACUGCACUCAGCCUGGUUGGGAACACUGGACCCCGCCCUCACGCCCCUGUCCCGGCCUAUUAUUUAUUAGGUUCCCCACCCACGUCUCCCCACCUUGGUCCCUGAACGCCUGCUCUGGGCUGGAAUUUACCCCUGUGGUGACCUUAAGAAAGACCCCUCUAGAAAUGUGUACUCCAGAUACAUCCCUAACUCAGUGGCGUUAGGAACUCCGAAGCGGGGCGACAGGGUCUGCCCGAGCUUUUUCUCAACUGCGCCGACCCGGAAGUGGUGAGUCGGAGGGCCACUGCAGGCUACGCACGUCCGGGAGGAAGCUGUUGCACGCGGUUUCUCGGGUCGGUGGUGGGCGGGACAGCCCCUGUGGCAGAAACUGAACUACAGAGACUGACCUUACUUCUGUCAAAAAUGUGAAGAAAACGUGGCAACCACUUUGAGGACCAAAGCCAUUUGGGAGCCAAACUAGAGUCUGUGACCUUUCAUCUCCACACAGCCAGGCCAGAGACCAUUUGCAGGACCUACUUCAGUGGCUGACAUCACAAAGAAGACAUUGCAUUCAGAAGCCUUUUCCUAAGACAUGGGGUUUUGGGGUCGAAUGCUGUGGACUCUUGUGUCUGGCCCCAGCGGGAGGAGGGGAGGCGCCCAGGGCCGGGCCUUCAGCUUAUGGCCACCCCGUCCACCUCUACCCAGGCUGUUGAAUGCCACAGAGCUAGUCAGCCACUGGACAGGAGUCUUUGAGAAGAGAGGCAUCCCAGAGGCCCGAGAAUCCAGUGAAUACAUUGUGGCUCAUGUCCUUGGAGCCAAAACAUUUCAGAGCUUACAGCCAGUACUUUGGACCCAACCCCUGACUCCUCAACAACUGCUGUGCAUCCAGGAGCUAUGUAGCCGCCGAUUGCAGAGGAUGCCUGUACAGUACAUCCUUGGGGAGUGGGACUUUCAGGGGCUCAAUCUGAAGAUGGCACCCCCAGUGUUCAUUCCUCGACCUGAGACAGAGGAACUGGUGGAAUGGGUACUGGAGGAGAUGGCCCAGAGGCCCCAUGUGAUAGAAGGACAAGAUGGCCCCCGCAUUCUGGAGGUGGGCUGUGGAUCAGGAGCCAUCUCCCUCAGCCUGCUGACCCGGCUUCCUGAGAGCCAAGUCAUUGCUGUGGAUAAAGAGGAAGCUGCCAUCAAUCUGACCUGUGAGAAUGCUAAGAGGCUUCAGUUGCAGGACAGGAUUUGGAUUGUCCCCCUUGAUGUGACCUCAGAGGGGAGCUGGACACAUCUUCUGCCAUGGAGUCCUAUGGACCUGGUUGUCAGCAAUCCUCCAUACAUCUUCCACCAGGACAUGGAGCAGCUGGCCCCAGAGAUCCGCAGCUAUGAAGAUCCAGUGGCCCUGGAUGGUGGGGAGGAGGGCAUGGACAUCAUUACCAACAUCUUGACCCUGGCACCUCGACUCCUGAAGGACUGUGGGAGCAUCUUCUUGGAAGUGGACCCAAGGCACCCAGAGCUUGUCAACAAUUGGCUUCAAAGUCGGCCUGAUCUGUACCUGAAUCUUGUGGCUGUGCACAAGGACUUCUGUGGGAAGCCCCGGUUCCUGCAUGUGCAGAGGUCUGAGCCAUAGUGUGGCUGCCCUACAGAUACUUUGCCAGAGCCCCAGCCUGCCUGAGUGCCUGGCUGACCCUUCUUGGAGUGGUAGAUGGUGCUUUCUAGAACCCCGGGUGCUUGCAGCAUUCCCAUGGUUCUGUGAUUCCUUAUGGUGCACACUUUUGAGACACUUGGAAACAAGGAUGGGCAUGUCCUUCCUGGGGCAGCAAAAAAGCGGGGCAUCCACAGUUUGGCUUGGAAGCUGGGCAGAUUCAGGUUCCCAGUCUAGCUCCAUCACACCACUGUGACUGAGGACAGGUCCAUGUUCUUUGUUUUUUUUUGUUACCAGGGAUUGAACUUGGGUCCUUGCACUUCCACAGCAGGCAGCAAAGCCACUGAGCUAAAUCCCGGUCCUCCGUGUUCUUUUUGGUGGAAUUGCUGUACAGGUCCUGGGAAAUGUGGACAGUAAAGUAUCAAGAGACUGACAA